CGUGCGCGUGUGUAUCCGUCCAGAUCCAGCAAGUGGACAAAGCAGCGCCUCCUCCUGUUCUUCUUCCUCCUCCUCCUCCUCCUCCUCAGGUUCCUCUACAUGAGCCCACCUGUCUCCACAGCGCCAUUCUCCCGUCUCCCGAGCUGAAGCCCCGGAGGAGGAGCGGCGGAGCCUGAACGAUGAAGAAGCGCUGCGUGGACCUCGGCAAGCUGCGCAAAAUGAAGAAGCUGAAACUGAGCGAGAAGCUCUCCGAGAGUGCAUAUUCUUUCCUGAAGUUCAUGAUAGUCUGGAUCCUGGUCCUCUUAGCUGAUUUUAUUCUUGAGUUCAGGCUGGAAUAUUUGUGGCCUUGUUGGCUCUUCCUUGGAACCGUCUAUACCACUUUUCACUGUCAUGGGCUGGCGAUCUGUGUCGUGUUUGUGUGUGCAGCUUUUACGCUGGACAUUUUCUGCUUAAUUUUUGUACCCCUACACUGGCUAUUUUUUGCAGCCAGCACAUAUGUCUUACUCAACUACAUAUGGCACACAGAAAAAGGCAUCUGCAUGUCCACAGUAACCUUAUGGAUUCUCCUUGUAUAUACUGAAGCCUCUUUAAGACUGAGAGACCUUAAGAAUCCAUAUGCCAACCUGUCUCACCUUUUUGCUGCACAUUGCAUUGGGUAUCCACUGGUAUACAUGGGAUUUGAUGCAACGUGCUACUUCUCCAGCAUCUUCAAACUUCGCACUCAAAAAACGAUACAGAGUGACAGUGACUUGCACAUGCAUCUCCUUCAACAGUCCCUACCUCCAUACACACAACUCUACCCGAAGCUGGGGGUGGAAGAAUCCAAGUGGAGAACCAAACCAGCACCAAUGCAAUACCAGUGUCAAAAUGAUGCCAUCAUAUCAGAGGACAACAAGCAGGACCUGGAGGAUUGCUUCCAGCUCCACAGACUUCAGGGCAGGACUGAAAAAGACUCUGGGGACACAAAGAUAAGAGACCCCAACCCUCAGCCUCCAGGGCUUAAGCCACAUGGAGCUGAAGUGCGCUUAGCUUCAACGUCUCUGCCUGAUGUCCCUGAAAACCUACCUCAGGAGGACCUCAGUGGUAAAGCCCAGAAAGCCUCCAAGGGCUCCCAGGCUAAAGUGCAGAAGAGCUCUGUGAGCAUCAACACCAGCAAAGGGGAGAAGAAACAAAAACUUCCCAAAGCCAUCAGCUCCAGCACAGAAGCAGCAGAAAAGACCUCAAAUAUCCAGAGUCUUCAGAAUCCUCAUGCUGAACAAAUAUCCAAGCUGGAGCAAGAAAUGAGAAAGUUGAAGAUGGAGCUGCAGACAAGCCGGCAGACUGAGCAGGAGCUGCGCAGUCACAUCUGUAACCUCACUAACAGUGAGAACAGCCUGCGGCCCGAGGUCUCGCUGCUCAGACACGCAAACGAGCUGCUACAGAACAAGCUUCAGUAUCUGACAAAAUCCAGGCAGAAGGACAAACAGAGCUGUGCCAUGCUGGAGAAGAGAACUAGAGCAGAAACAGAGAGCAGAGCCGUGGUGGAAAAACAGCUUGCUGAGGUUCGCUCUCAGAAAUUUGACGAGGCGGCCUUUUUGCUCCGCAGUGCAUCGAACAGGCAGGAACACACUGAAACGCAGCUGUUAAGGAAAAAAGCUAGAGAUCUAGACACAGAGUACAAACAACUACAGCUGGACUAUCAAGGGAAAGAGAAUCGAGUUCUAGCGCUAGAAAAAGAAAUGGAGAGUCUUCAGAAGCACAGAUGCACGGAGCAGGAAGCUGACGCUAUGCUCUCAGCGCUUUCUUCCCUGCAGGACAAAGCUCAGCAUUUAGAAUACAACCUGAGCGCAGAAACUCGCCUCAAACUGGACCUGUUCUCUGCACUGGGAGACGCCCGGAGACAGCUGGAGCUCGCUCAAGUGAAACUGGUGAAGCAGGAACAGGAGAUUAAGGAGAUGAAGCAGAAGAUCGCUGAGGUGAUGGCAGUUGCUCCAGGUAUGUCCUACGUAGCUCCACGCCCAGCCGUGCCACAGUACCUCAAGUUCCUGAACACGGAGCGCUAUGUCCUGAACCCCCGGGGGCUCAUGUACCAGUGUCUUAAGAAAUAGACACUCUGACGCCAGACGAAACGGAGGCCUUUUGUUUUUUAAGCUGUUUUUGAUCAGCUGGUUCUUACAGUCCAAACGGAGGGCAUCUUGAUUGUCGGUCAGGCAGCGCGCCUGGGCUUUCCUGACGGUGCCAGCAACCUCCUGUGCACUUAGAGCUGUGUAAAGUUUACAACUCUGAGACCGUGGGGAGCUUCAGAUGACCUUUCUUGGAGCUCGUGCUUCUUGAGGACACAAAGCUGAUUGUACAACUGAUUUGUGGUGCUACAGAAGAACAGACGAAAGCAACGCUGACCUUUUUUAAGCGUUUAACACACCUCUCUUCGGUACCUCUAGACAAGGUGCCAUUCAGACAAUGUCUCGUCAGUCUGCAGCGAUUUCAACACAGGCUUUGUGGGUCCAACUGCAGUCCUGGAAGGUGAUUUU